AUGGUCGCGCAAACCGUUGGGGUUAUCGGCGCCACCGGCAACGCAGGCCGUGCAGUGGUCAAUGGGCUAUUAUCCUCACCCACAGAUUUCAAUAUCACUUCAUUCACCCGAGAGUCUUCCAUCGAUAGCCGGGAAAAUCAAACCCUCAAAGCGAGGGGUGUUCGUGUCGUCGGCUACAAUCUAGAUGGGCCACGUCAAAAACUUGUUAGCCAGCUGAAGGAUAUCGAUACCCUCAUCUCAUGCAUAGCCUGGGAGCAUCUUGACUUGCAACUUCCAUGGAUCGAAGCAGCGAAGGAGGCCGGAGUGAACCGAUUUGUUCCCUCAGAAUGGGUCAUAUUAACAGACAGCGGUUUGCAAAAAAUUGAGAUCCUCGGUGCAAUUCAACGAGCACGUCUCCCAUAUACUAUCAUCGACGUCGGCUGCUGGUACUCCGUCUUUGUUCCUAAGGUCCCCUCCGGCAGGUCAGAUAUAGCUCACUCGCGCUAUAUCGAUCACCGCAUUGUAGAGGAUGGAAAUCAGGAGUUUGCCUUAACCGACUUGGCCGAUAUUGGCAAGUACGUUGCGCACAUUGUGACGGAUCCUAGGACCAUCAACAAGCACGUGUUCGCAUACACAGAAAUGCACAGUAUGAAUGGAAUCUGGGAUACUAUGGCCGGAGUCACGGGCGAAGAACCGGAGAAGAACUACGUAACUUUGGCAGAGAUCAACGAGGUCAUCAAGACUUGUCGAAAGAGGCUCGAGAAUAGUCCCCACAAAAUGAUGCAUCCGGAUAAUAUUAUGGAUUGUGCCAAUUACAACAUGGGGGAAUAUCGCAUAUCUUGGUGUGUACGAGGAGAUAACACGCCUGAAUACGCAGAAUAUCUCGGGUAUCUGGAUUUCUGGAAGCUGUAUCCAGAAUUUCCGAAAGGCGCAAGUCUCGAGUCGUUCUUCCGGGGCAUUGUUAGCGGAGAGGUCGGCUCAACCAUGCACGAUCCUGCCCAAUAG